GGCGGCGGCGGCGGCGGUGCGGGAGCGGGCGCGAGCCGGGACCCCACGUUCCCCGACCGCGGAAUAUCCUAGGAUCUUCUCUUAUCUGUCAGCAGCCAAGGUGUUUGCAGAAAAUUAAAGGAAAUAGGUGGCUGCUGACACGUCCUACCCACUUCUCUGCUGCCGCUCGAGAUUGGAGCCAUCAGCGUGCGAGAGAGACCUGUGCUAGAAGGUGAAUAGGGGGCUGUCUGGCACCAAGUGCUGAAAUGCAUGGGACCUUGGGACUUGGAUCAGCCCACCAUCUGAGGAGAAAUUGUGGGGAAUGCCCAGCCUGGAGCCUGGAGGGGGAAUUUAAGAAGUGCAACAUGGCCAGGGGCUGCCUCUGCUGCUUGAAGUACAUGAUGUUCCUCUUCAAUUUGAUAUUCUGGUAUCCAGCACCAUGCUUUUGGAGCUUCAUGGACCUACCUCUGCCAAAUCUCCCUCCCUCAUGGCGCCUUAGCUUCUCUGCUCCAUGGCAUCCAGGCUUCUGGGGAAGACACAUCUGUGUGCUGCUGUGUUCCUGGGAUGGAGGGAGGAGAACAGACUUCACUGAGUCCCAGCUCUGUGGCUGUGGGCUGCUUGGAGUGGGCAUUUGGCUGUCCGUGUCCCAAGGCAACUUUGCCACCUUCUCCCCCAGCUUCCCUUCGCUGUCCGCAGCCAACCUAGUCAUUGCCAUAGGCACCAUUGUCAUGGUGACAGGCUUCCUCGGCUGCCUGGGAGCCAUCAAGGAAAACAAGUGCCUCCUCCUCAGUUUUUUCAUCGUCCUGUUGAUCAUCCUCCUAGCAGAGCUGAUCUUGCUUAUCCUCUUCUUUGUCUACAUGGACAAGGUGAAUGAGAAUGCCAGGAAGGACCUGAAAGAGGGUCUACUGCUGUAUAACACGGAGAACAACGUGGGGCUUAAGAAUGCUUGGAACAUCAUCCAGGCUGAGAUGCGCUGCUGUGGUGUCACGGACUACACAGACUGGUACCCAGUACUGGGGGAGAACAUGGUUCCCGACCGCUGUUGCAUGGAGAACUCCCAGGGCUGUGGGCGCAACACCACCACCCCUCUCUGGAGAACGGGCUGCUAUGAAAAGGUGAAGAUGUGGUUUGAUGACAAUAAGCACGUGCUUGGCACGGUGGGGAUGUGCAUCCUUAUCAUGCAGAUUCUGGGCAUGGCCUUCUCCAUGACUCUCUUCCAGCACAUCCACCGGACUGGUAAGAAGUAUGACGCCUGAGCGGGCUGGUGGGGAGCACCCCAGCCCCACACGGACACUGUGCCAGGGGAGAAGAUUUGAGCUUUGUGUUGCCUGCCCUCGCUCUCCGGACUGCUGACCCCUGCACCCACCUCCCCAGCCCACCUGCCCCCCAGCCCACCCCGCCUCAGCCUUCUUGGUGGGUGGAGGGUCAGGGAGGAGGAGGUGUGGACGAGGCACGCAGAGAUCUUGAGAGGCUGGGGGGCACCUGGAUUCCUGCAUCUGUGUAUUUGCCAAAGAAGACAGGGUGGGCUGGGUUCGUGCUCCGGGAGCCUCCCCGCCCCCAGCACUGAUGCGUUUCUGCCCCUGCCCUUCCUUGCCCUGACACUUUGUCCCCAUGGGGUGGGGAGCAGAGCGCCCCCUCCUGGUGGAGAGACUGCCUGGCGGAGGCCGCUGGCAGCCGGGCACAGCCACCAGGCAGGGGAGCUGGCAGGGGCGGGGGUCUCACUGCCUCUGGGCAAGGCCCCUGGGAGCAUCUUGCCCAGGCUUUUUAUACUUUACAGUGUAACUUUUUUAUUUUAUUUUACUCUGAUUAUGAUUAUUCAGGAAUAUUAUCUCUCAGAUAAGUUUAGGGUUAGCUUUCUGAUUUAUAACUUUUUACUGCGUUGGUUUCUGUAAUGGUUUGAUUUUUUUUUCCUCUGAGGGUGGGGGACAGGUGGGGAGAGAGGAUGUCCGUCAGGUUUCAAUCAGGACAAACCACUGUGCCAUGCUUGGGAGGCCCUGAGGGGAGAUGCACUGAGCCGCAGGGAGAGGGGCAGGUGCCCGGGCCCAGGAGCCUGGAAGAGGCGUGUAUAGCCGAGGGAGCGCCCUGCCCAGCGCCAGGGUGUUUACUGAUGCUGGCACCAGCGGCCAGGGCAGUUGGGGGUACUCUGAGGGGCACUGGUAAGUGCUUCACCAGAAACGUGGCCGGGGCUGAUGUGGGUCCUUUUACUUCACUGAUGAGCAGUCUUUCUUUUUUCUCUUCUUCCUUCUUCCUGCCCUCUGCUGGCACGGGAGGCUCCCCUUCCACCCCACGCGGGCAUUCCCGCCACAGGUUCUGCAAAGCCCAGUUACUUUCACAGACAUUCCUGCUAGAAACUCUUGGACAAAUACCUCUCUAGUUCAGAUGCUGCUCACUUUCUCACAUUGCUUCUGGAAGGGGAAGCAGUCCUGACACUUUGCUGCUCAGACAGUGGCAGAGGACCCAUGACCAUCAGGAGGGGAAGGUGGAACUGGUGCCCAUGAUCAUUCCAGCCACGUCCACUGGGCUGUAGCUUCCCUGCUGAGGGGGAGCGGGGGAAGGUGGCCGUGGGGCCACAGGACUCUGGGGCUCACUGAUGGUGGAGUGGGGGGCCUCAAGAGAAGCACAGGGAGGUCAGUCUGGGUCUUGCUACAGCAGCCCCAGGAGGCCGACAGCCUAAACCGCAGUAGAGGAGCUGAACUGAUAGGGCAGGGGUAUCUGACUGCAGCAGGCACCCCCAUUCAGACUUCGUGCUGAUCUGAGGGAGUGUUUUUGGAGCUUAAAAAAAGACAGUCAAGAAUUCACGAGACUGAGCUCAGAAAGGCUAUCUGCUAGCUAGGGCUAGUGCGCUUCCUCGAUGGGGCCUGGCGUGUCUCCUGCACCAUUUGGCUCAGUACCUUGAUUUACCACAAGCUCACAUCUCCCUCUCCAGCCUCUGCUUGUCUGUUCCAAAAGCUGAGGCCCAGCCACCCAGCCAGCCACUCCUCCACUCGCCUAAGUCGGGACCAGAAGUACAGAACUUUGAUGUAUUCAGGAUUCCCGGCUUGGGGGGUGGGAGUGGAGAGAGGGGUGGUCUCAACGAGUCCAGCUGAGUGAAGACCACCGCCUGAGACUGGAGCAGAGGUGCCCUGGGGAGGUUGGGGAGGUGGGUUCUUGGGUGGGGGAUGGGGCGGCCCACGUGUGGGUCUCCCGGCCGGGGGCUUCCGCUGCCUCCCCAGGGCCUCCCGACUGCAGGCUCACAGCCCGCAGGCACGCUGCCAUGCUGCUGCAGACACACACUCGGCGACCCAGCACUGGAGUCGCACGGUGGGCUUGGUGCCUAAUGACCUUGUGUUUGGUUGGGGGUGGGGCGGGGCCGGUGUGUUCGUGCCCAUCAAUGCAAUUUCAAUUUUUGUUAAAAUCAACAGCAAAAGCCUAACACCUUGGGAAGGGAUGUGUGCAGCCUCCCUGGCAAUCUUGUUCCUGGAGCCUCAGGGGUGUGCUCGGGCCCUGCAGCCUCCGCCGCAGCCCCCCUCCGUCCCCUUACCUGUCCAAGCAGCCAUGUCCACAGUCCCCCCGACUGCCUUCAUGCCUCACCCCGUGCUUGGCUGUGGAGGCACUUGACCGAGUCUCCCCGGGGGAAGGCACGAGUGGUGGUGGGUACUCUUCCAAGCCCCUCACCCUCCCUGCAGGGCAGGACUCACACCACCAGAAGGCCCCGCCAUGUGGUGUCUGUGGUAGCAGCCCGCUCUCUUCUCAGUUUCUUCCUGACCCUGAGCUCAUUGGGGUGGGAUUACCCGAAUGAACUCUCACUUGUGGCUUCCCUCCCCACAGUCAGAGUUCAGUCAGGUCUGAAGCAGGCUGUUUAUAGGUGAGACUUAGAAGGUCAAGGUUCUACGGACCGCUUCCAGGAAGUGCUGGCCGUACACUUGGCCUUUUCCUGCCGUCAUCUUGCAGAAGAGGUGGGCAAGCAGGGACUGAGAAUUACCCUUGGGGGGUGGUGGCAGGUAUUGGGGGGCAAUAGCAGGUGUCCGGGGGCAAGUCUCCACCACCUUGCCCUAGCUGAAAUACUGUCACCCCCUCUCCCUGCCAACAUGGGCCUGCAUCCUGGGCUCUUAAUCCAGAAAAGUUGCUGACCCCACCCCACACCCUCAAGCAGAUGUUCUGGUUUGACUUGGAUCCAAGUGGCCAUCCCUCCUUACGUUGGUGGCCAAAAAGUAGUCCAGGUGGAUGGAAAUGACCGUCCCCUCCUCUGCAGCCCCCUGCCCACCCACACUGGUGGAGGUGCUAACUAGCAGGGACCUGGUGUGGGACGGGAGCUGGGUGCCAGAUGCCUGGAGUCUACCCUACAUCCCCCCACCCCUCCGCAUCCAGCCUCCCGAGGCCCUGGUCUCCCAUCUCGCUCCUCCGCACCCCAGCGAGGCAGUAGUCCUGGCAGGCCCUGACCUCCCUGCCCCUUACAGGCACCCAGGGCCCAGAGCCAGGGGCUGGUGCCUGCAGCCUGCCCAUGCCUGGGAGCACGUGAAAGCAGGGACAGCACGCUUGUUGGUUUCAGAUGCACUUUUCUGCUUGCGAUGCCGUAUCUGUGCGCUUCCUUCAUCCUGGACCUGGCUUUAUUGAACAUCAUGUUUUUAGCAUGUUUUUAAAUAAAAACUGAUAAUGUGUCAAAAGCACAAA